UCCUUCGAACAGCGAGGGCACAUUUGGGGCAGCAACGCUCCGGAGGACACCGAGUUCGCUUUUAUCUUGAGCAGCCUUCCGACGUCAUUCGACGACUUCAAGUCGAAAGUGGGACGUGAUUUGUCAAGUCCAUUGAACACCUGUCAUAGUCCAAAUGCGGACUCUGGUCGUGUGUCAGCUGAUUCAAAUUUGACGAAAUCGCCCAACGUAUUGGCGAGUGAUGAAAGCGGUUGUUCUCCACCGGAUGCAGCAGAUCUUGAGGUGGCAAUGAUAAACCAGUCAGUGGAGCGCCAGUUCCUGUUGAGCAGCCCAACUCUGACGGACAUCUUGCAAAAGUUACCCAAUAUUGCUGAGAAUCGCCCAGAGGAUAAAAAUCCUGACCCGUGCGUCACCAAACCAACUUUUGCUGCCACUGAUCACGCCGGAGAUAAUCCAGUUUUGAAUGCAAGCAUUGUCCCUCGUCUCUCGGACGUUCCAGUUGUUACACGCCAAUGCUUAGCAGUUGGGUCUUCCUGGCCGGCUUCACAAGCAUCGUAUGCAAAGAUCGGAUCUGAUGCCAUAGGUGCUGCAUGCACACCGUUAGCACAUGGUGCCAUUGGUGACAAGCGGCUUGCCAGAGAUGAACGCAAAGACGUCCGAGAAUCGGAUUAUGGUGGCUGCUUCAACUUUGAAGGAAAGCUUUUCGACGGGUCGCCAUUUCGAAGUGGAUCAAGCGAAACUUUUGGAGGCGCGCUUGGAGCGAUGCAAGCGAUGUCUGAGUUGAUGAAAUAUCAAAGUGAACGCGAAGAGGAGGCGAAUGAAUCCACGACUACAUCAUCGUGUAUGACGGACGACUGUUUGAGAGCGACAGAAGCACUGGCAGUGGACGUAGUCGAGAGUCUUUUCAGUCACUGCGGGCAAACCGAUUCGUCGUCUGUGACAGAUGAUACAGCCAGUAAUAAGGAAGUGCCGGGCAAAACCGACAACGUAACCGAGCUUCCGCAAUCAGCUGCACCGUCUGUGUCAGAAUCAUUCAGCGAAUGCACGGACAGUGGCGAUGGGAAACAGGACUGUAAAAGUGAAGGGGAGAAAUGUAAAGACGGAAAAAACAGCUGUAGCAACGGGAGCAAAGGCUGCGACAGGGAAGUGGAUGAUCGUGAGGAAGGGAAGAAUGAUUGCGACAAGGAAGAAGUUAACUGUAAAGCAGUGAAGGAUUCUGACAAGAAAAUAAGAGACUGUGAAAAUGGGGGAAGUGAUAGUAACGGAGGAGAAGGAGAAGGUGAUUGUAGCAAGGGGUGUGGUGAUUUUAACAAGGUGGAAAAGGACUGCAACAACUGUGAAGGCAGCAGUGAUAAAAAAGAUUGGCAGAAGGAGAAAGACGACUGUGUCGGAGAAAGGAACUGCGAUGAAAGCAACGGGGACUUGGACAAGGAAGGGAAAAGACGUGACGCUGGACAGAGUUGCGACGGGAGAGAAGUUGUGAAGGGGCAGGGCCUAAAUCAGGAGCAAUACUUCGAUGGCAAGCAGCUGAAAUGCGAGUGGAAUGAGAAUUCUGGGGGAGGGGAAAAUUGUGAGGGAGCUCUCAAAAAAGGGGAGAAUGAGGAGGGGAAGAAUGAAAAAAAGGAGGAAGGAGACCGGAUAAAAGGGGAACAAGUCUAUAAGAAGCAAGAUGACCGAGAUAAAGAGGGACCGGGCAGUAAUGGAGAGCGAAAUACGGCUUGCGGUAAUGCAAAAAGUGAUCAAACUGUAGCGACAAAUCCGUGGGUAGUGGAUUCGUGGGAAGAACUUGAUAACGACGAAAAUGACUAUAAGAUUUCUCGUGAGAUCGAGCUAGCGAAGUCUAAAAUCGCAAGUGAGGAGAGACCAGUCAGAAUUGUUAGCAGACCUCCAACAUGCACAUGGAAUGAUAGCGUACUGCCACAUGUCUUGGAAGCAUACUGUCGUUGCUCUUGGCCCACAGAAGAUUUUAUAAGGAAUGAGUUGGCAAAGCUUGAAGCCGGGGAUGUUGCCAUCCAUCCAGUCGACGAGCACCGCAGCUUAGUUGUGUUUGCAUCAAGGAACGAUGCUGCGCGAACGUUGAUUACUGCUGGUGCGCAGAAUCAGAGCAGUCUUCCGGAGGCGAUGCAACUUCGUGCGCUUUGUGAUGCCUCUGAGAUUUCACAAGACAAGGCUCGUAAGGAUGAGCACCUCCUUGGCCCCUAUGUUUCCCGUCGUCCAACUACCACCGCUCUUGUGGCUCGUCGUUUGAUCGAGGAAUCUCUUGGUAAACGUUCGAAUGUGUCCAAGCAGCAAAUUGAUGAGGAAAAGCAGCAGCUAAAGAAUGCAAAGGGUUCGUUGCUUGAUUUUUAUUUCUUCUGCCACUCACUUUUUGCGCCUAAUUUGAAGGACAAGCGUUGCGUGCUGCAUGAUUGUCGUCGUUUCAGCAGGACGCAUGUAGAAGUCACAAUGCUAAACAUAGGAGCACAGUUUCCGCUGCACAGUUUUAUGGAUGCUAAUCACAACGAUGGCAUUGAGAAUGAUGCAUCAGUGAUGGGCAAUUAA